AUGAUGCGGGGCAUGUUUCAGCGUUGUUGCGAGCGCGCCGGUGUGGGGGCGGCGGGGCGGGCCCGCGACAUGAGCGGCGCGCGCGCAGCCCGCCCCGCCCGCUAUGCAGCGUUUGCGCACCACGUUCAAACGAUCUCGAACGCCUACGCCCGCCGACAUGAAGACUCAAAGCAGCCUCGAAGUGCCCAAGCAGUAUAUGUUCAGGGACCAGGUCAUUAUACUUUCGAGGAGUGCCUCAUCAACAUUGCGGUCCGAUCGGCGUCAUUCGAUGAGAUUCAGUUGGAGGCGGCGCGCGGCGCGGGCGCAAGCUCCCUCUUGUCAGUACCGCAAGGGGGAGCCCGUAGCCGAUCCUUCGACUCAGCUGGGUCUGAUGACUCGGGAACGUAUUUGGAGGUACCGCGUCUCUGGUCACGACGCCGAUCAGGUAAAGGCACCCCACCACCAUGUGUUCACUGCCGGCAUAUGGAGACGUGGCUGGCUCGUCGCAGUGAGGAACGAUCCACACCCGAACGACUGCCACCUUCAUCGUCCGCCGAGGAUGAUGACGAUGAAGAUGAUGAAAGUGAUGUGGAAUCACCUAGGAUUAUACUUGCGCCCGCGCCACCAACACGCAUGCUCUUACCGCCACCCAUACAGUCACCACCACCGUCGCCUGGAGCGCCAUCAUUUGAACUGCAACCGCCCAUCGACGAACCACCAAUAAUUCCACAACGACGACGUUCAAUAUCGCGACAGGAAGCAUUUUUUGUAGAACCAACGGGUAGUUCACUCGAGAAUGUUAGAGCCUCUGAAGAAAGCGCUAAAAGUGAACCGAGAGACACCAUCGUUCACGAUAUUUACUUGGCCGUACCGGAAUUGAAACGAGACCGCGCAGCUUCUGUGGACUCAUGUUUUUCCAAAGUGUCUGGAGGUAAACGAGCUGAAGAGUUGUGUGAGAGUGGAGAUUAUCUAACAGUGCCCGCAUCGGGACUUCGAUCUCGUUCAGUGGAUAUUGUGUUGCCAACGGCGGAACAGUCCCGAUACAAAGCACUCGCGCUCACGUCAGCUCAAGCACCUCCUUCUCCAACGAACGCAGUUCCGCCGAGCGAUGAGCCCGACGUAACAUCCGUGGUUCUUCACGUUUUAGAAAGUGAGAGGGCCUAUAAAACGAAGGCGCUCAGGUCAUUCAAGAAGUCCAUGCUGGCUUGGGGACGGGGGUCGGAAGGACCCCCGAUCGGGCCCACGCUCAAAUCUGACGAAAGCCCCACCAGUGUGGAUACCAGCGACAGUGAUACCAAGAGCGCACUGCUCACGAGCGCCGCCGCCCUGGCUCGAAGACGACGCGCCAUAAAGUACAAGAGAAAGACUAAGAUCACCUUCAAAGUCACGAGACGAGCAAGUGACGGCACGGCUGCUGGGCCCAGGGUUCUCCGGUCGACACCAGAUUGGAGCGAAACCGCUAUCAGUGGCGAACACCUUUGGUUACCUACCUCAGUAUCCGGGGACUGCUGCUACGUCGGAGAUUCUGAGUGUCAGAAACAUGGCGCACGUAUGAAAUGUUCGGCCUGCAAAAUAAUCGCACACACGGCUUGCAUCGACAUUCUUAUAGACCGAGUGCAAUUCACUUGCAAGCCGACCUUCAGGGAUGUCGGCGUCCGACAAUACAGAGAACAAACUAUAACACACCACCACUGGGUUCACAGGCGCUCCGAGAAAGGAAAAUGCAAGGCAUGCGGCAAGUCUUUACGGCGUGGUUGCUGUGGGUGGUGCGUUUCCUCGCAUAAAUCCGCAGAAAAGCCAGUAGAAGUAAACAAUGAACUAGGAGAUCCUUCACUUCAAGCGAAAAUAUCAUUUAGUUCAAAAGAAAUCGUUGCCUUGAGUUGCUCAUGGUGCAAGGACGCAUACCAUAACAAAGAGAGUUGUUUCAAUUUGCAAAGAAUAGGAGAAGAAUGUUCAUUAGGUACGCAGUCAAAUAUAAUCGUGCCACCGUCAUGGAUUGUAAAGCUUCCAAGACGGGGCAGCUUCAAAUCGUCUUUAAGGAAAUCGCCGAAAAAGAAAAGCGCCGGAAAAAAGAAAGGAAAGGAUUCGAAAGUGGAACAAAAGCCGUUCGUAAUAAAACCAAUACCGACGUCAAACGUUAAGCCCGUCCUCGUUUUCAUUAACCCGAAAAGCGGAGGCAAUCAAGGUGUAAAGUUGUUGCAGAAAUUUCAAUGGCUUUUAAAUCCACGACAAGUUUUCGACCUUACUCAAGGUGGACCGGGACCGGGAUUAGAGAUGUUUCGUAAGGUGCCGAAUUUACGUGUUCUGGCGUGUGGUGGGGACGGAACCGUCGGUUGGGUGUUGAGUGUGCUGGAUCGUAUUGGGGCACGACCGGCUGUUGGGGUUCUACCACUCGGCACAGGAAACGAUCUUGCCAGAGCCUUAGGAUGGGGCGGGGGUUAUGAAGACGAGCCAAUAUCGAAAAUUUUAGCGCAUAUUGGCGAAAGCGAUACAGUACUUUUAGAUAGAUGGCAAUUGACAGUUGAACCGAACACAGCGGCCUCAGGCGAGGACACAAGCAACGCAAAAGCCGACCUCCCCCUAAACGUAGUUAACAACUAUUUUUCUUUCGGUGUCGACGCUCACAUUGCUCUCGAAUUUCACGAAGCCCGAGAGGCGCAUCCAGAGAAGUUUAACUCGCGCAUACGAAAUAAGCUAUUCUACGGUACGGCGGGAGGUAAAGAUCUCAUGCAGAGGAAAUGGAAGGGUUUAGCUGAAUUCGUUACUUUAGAAUGCGAUGGUAAAGAUCUUACACCGGUAUUGAGGGAGCAUAGAGUACAUGCCAUCGUCUUUUUAAACAUUCCAAGUUAUGGAGGCGGAACGCACCCUUGGAAUAAGUCAAUGGGAGCCUCCGAGCCGUCCACAGAAGACGGAUUGAUAGAAGUUGUCGGAUUAACCACAUAUCAAUUGCCUUUACUACAAGCGGGCGGUCACGGGACAUGCAUCACUCAGUGCAAGACGGCAAAAUUAGUGACGACUAAAGUGAUACCAAUGCAAGUGGAUGGAGAGGCGUGCAGGCUCGCGCCCUCCGUGAUUACCUUGUCCAUACUCAAUCAAGCUAUUAUGCUCGCCAAGAAGAAGCCUGGGAGGGUGCUGGCGCCCUUAACAACGUUGGAUAAACUAACAUUUACCGUGAAUCUCAUAACUAUGGCUGAUUACGAGCGACAUCACUACGACAAAGAAUUGCUGGCGAAAGCAGCGGAACGCAUUGGCACCUUGGAAGUGAACCCCGCGACAGAUCUAGAACAAAUGCGAAACCUCGUUCAGAACUUGAUCAAAGAAUCUCAAGCUUACUCGAAUAUUGUCGAUUGGUGGUUUGUCGAUUCUGUGACAGCAGAACGAUUUUUCCGAAUCGACAAAGCUCAAGAAAAUCUCCACUAUCCCAUGGACAUCGGUCAUGAAAAUCUCUAUAUUUUGGAUGCGGCGCCUCUCACACCGGACACUGACACAACGGCUCAUCCAGAGACAACUGCGACAGCUUCUCUGGACCGGACAGGGCCAUCGGUAUCCCUAGAGACAACUACGGGGCUCUCUGUGUCUCUAGAUAUAUCACAAAGCGUAGACACUCCAAGUGCAGCUGUCUCGCUAGACGUCCCGGAGUCGCAUGGAAGCCCCGGUCGGACGUCCGAUGAGGUAGUGACGCCGCAGACGCCGCCGUCAGCGGCGACCACAGCCACGCCCACGUCCAAAUCGUCUCUAUCACCCAAGCUGACUGUCCCGAAACAUAAGACGUCACAAGAGUCCAACUCCCCGCCCUUAUGCACGAGUCCAACAACCAAAGACAACGAACCGUCCCAAGAGUCGAUAGCCAGAUUCAAAACAAAUCUAUUGGAAAAAACAUCCGACUCGCUGCUCAAAGCUGCGAAAGUCGGCGACUUGAAAAUGAUCAAAGAACUACACGCCGCCGGUUAUUCCUUGUUGUCGAUCGACGCUACGGGACAGACUGCGUUGCAUAUAGCGGCUCGCUACGGCAAUAAAGAGAUAGUCAAAUAUUUGAUAGCGUGCGCUCCGACGGCAAUUUUGAACAUGAGUGAUAACGAGAAGGGGCAGACUGCCCUUCAUAAAGCGGCGGCUUAUAAGCGGCGAGCGAUAUGCUGUAUGCUGGUAGCUGGCGGUGCUUCUCUGACGAGGCAGGACAACGCUGGACUAACUCCCAGGCACCUCGCAUUACGGGCUGAUGACCACGAUCUUGCCGCUUAUUUGGAAAGUCAGGAGCAUUUUCAAUUAGUAUCGGAAGACGUGGAAACAACGGUGUAA